GUCAGAUUUGUUUUGGACUGGAGUUAGCAUUAGCAAACGUGUGUGUCCUCUCCUCUGACAGCUCGUCUAGAAUAGACAAUUACCAAUUGCGUAAUAUAACUUUUGCUGGCAGUCAUUUGUCUUUGAAUGUGAGUGUCGUAGAACAGCAAAAAACUGGAGCACUUCAUGGUGCAUCGAACACGACGCGGUGUAAACCCCCCUCCCCAAACAACCUGCCUGGCUAGCUAACUUGACAUUUCCCCCAGAAACUACUGUAAGUUUACAUUCAUUUGAAAACUAUAGGACAAAUGACAGAUGGAGUCCAGUGGCAAGCCGUCUACUGCUCAAAUAAUUCUACUGGCAACCAGUUCCGCAGUCACAGCGUUGCUGUACUCCGUGUAUAAGAAGAAGGCAGCCACGGUACACAGACUGAAGGAGGCCAAGAAAAUCUCUUUGGAGCAGGACUUGAAAGAACUCCUCAGCGACGCUCCGGGGAAAUGCGUACCAUAUGCUGUCAUAGAAGGGGUGGUGAGGUCUGUGAAAGAGACACUCAGCAGUCAGUUUGUUGACAACUGCAAAGGCGUGAUCCAGAGACUGACUCUUCGGGAGAAGAAGAUGGUGUGGAAUCGCACAACUAAACAUUGGAAUGAUCGUGAGAAGAUCAUCCACCAGCGCACCAACACCGUGCCCUUCGACCUCUGCUCGCAUGACGACGAGGUGUCUGUGUGCGUGCGAGUGGUGCGGCCCCUGGACGCCUGGGAGAUGAACCUGGAGACCACCUACGAGACCUUCCACCCCAGCUUCCAGUCGCUGGGCAACGUGAUCGGCCACUUUAUCAGCGGCGAGCGGCCGCAGGGCAUCCGGGAGACAGAGGACAUGCUGCGUCUGGACGAGAACGUGACUGGCGUCGGGGAGCUCGUGCUGGACAACAACCUCAUCAAGCUGCAGCCGCCCAAGCAGGGCUACCACUACUUCCUGAGCCGUGAGGGCUACCCCGCCCUGCUGGCCACCCAGGAGCGCAGCGCCCGCGUCUGGAGGGUGCUGGUGGGCCUGUGUGGGCUGGCCACCACCGCCGCGCUGGUCUACAUCCUGUGGCGGCAGUGGAAGCUGCUCCGGCAGCAAAGGAAGGAGCGCAGCGUGCUGGAGGAGUUCAAGGAGGUGCAGAGGAGGCGCAUGCAGGAGCUGGAGGUGGGGGAGGAGGACGUGCCCGCGGGGGCCUGCAGCGUCUGCCUCAGCGCCCAGCGCACCUGCGCCUUCCUGGAGUGCGGCCACGUCUGCACCUGCGAGCCCUGCUACCAGGCCCUGCCGCAGCCCAAGAAGUGUCCCAUCUGCCGGGCACCCAUAGACCGGAUGGUGCCCCUCUACAACAGCUGAGCUGGACGUACUGACCAAUGACAAGGAAUCUGAGAAAGGCCGAAACCAACGUAUCUCCUGCCAAAAUCCGAAAGAAAGAACAUCAAAAAAGAAAGAAAUUGUAAGGAAUGUGCAAACGUGAUGAAAAUAUCCACUUUUUUGUUCAUCACCUGGGAAAGCGCACAAAUUGAAAGUCAACUGAAAUGACUGAAUCUAAACGUUAGGACUAUGGUUACUGGGGGUUAUGAGCAUGCAAGUGAGAGAGCAUAUACUGUAUAUGUAUGUCAGUUUGCUGAGUUCUGUAUGUUGAGCUUUUCAUUGUGUAAAAGCUCAUAGAACCUGGUUUUCUGUAAAAGUGCACUUUGUGUUUCGUUUACGAUUGUCCUCAGAAGAUUUGAAUCGAGGGAUGUGUUGCUCCUUUUUAAUGUGUAUUUGUAAAAAAAAAAAAUCUGCUACGUGUAUUUUAAAGGAACAAGCUGGAGAAGAGAAAGUUGAUUUGGGUACAGCUGAAAGACAUGUCCAACACUUUCUCAUCUCAUGCCUUAACAUGUUUGUUAUUGAGCAGUUGUUGCCUUGGUUGAAUGUUUUUUUUCUCUCUGCGCUGUGAGUGUUGGUCUUUUUUAAAGGCUAUUCUAUGAACAAUUAAAUAACACAAUGAAUGAA